GACUGUCGAUUGUUGGCAGACCGGGGCGGGGCUGAGGGCUGCCUGUAAGAUUCGACACAUCUGAUCAUCCGUUCAUCCGUGCGAUAGUGCAAAAUUGUUAAGAUUUAUCAAUCGGAUCAGGACUCAUGGAUCCUAAUCGCAUCAUACAGGCUUUAAAAGGCACCAUAGAUCCGAAUCUCAGGGUAGCGGCUGAGAAUGAACUCAACCAGUCCUACAAGAUUAUCAACUUCGCACCCACCUUGCUGCAGAUCAUUUUGUCGGACCAGGUGGAGUUUCCUGUGCGACAGGCAGCUGCCAUCUACCUGAAGAACAUGGUGAGUCAGUACUGGCAGGACCGAGAGCCCCAGCUGGGGGAGGUGGUUUUUCCCUUCAACAUCCAUGAAAAUGACCGUGGCCAGAUUCGAGAAAACAUGGUGGAGGCCAUUAUUCGCUGUCCAGAGUCUAUAAGGGCUCAGUUGACAGUAUGUUUACGGGCCAUAAUAAAGCAUGAUUUUCCUGGGAGGUGGACGGGUGUGGUGGAUAAGAUUAACCUGUACCUACAGUCACAGAAUACUGGAAGCUGGUAUGGGAGUCUGCUUGCUCUCUAUCAACUCGUCAAAACUUACGAGUUUAAGAAGGCAGAGGAGCGAGAUCCCCUGUUGGCUGCGAUGCAGAUAUUCCUACCACGGAUCCAGCAGAUCAUCAUCCAGCUUCUGUCUGAUGCUACCUUCAUCUCAGUGCUCAUCCAGAAACAGAUCCUGAAAAUCUUUCAUGCACUUGUGCAGUAUUCCCUUCCCCUACAGUUGAUCAAUAACACAGUCAUGACACACUGGAUGGAGAUCCUGAGGAUGGUUGUGGACCGUGACGUCCCUGCAGAGACUCUUGAAGUCGAUGAAGAUGAUCGACCUGAACUGAUCUGGUGGAAGUGCAAGAAAUGGGCUCUGCACAUCCUCACAAGAAUUUUCGAGAGAUAUGGAAGUCCAGGGAAUGUCACAAAGGAGUAUUUUGAGUUUGCUGACUUUUUCCUUAAGACUUAUGCUGUAGGGAUCCAGCAGGUGUCGUUAAAAGUGAUCGACCAGCACAGAAAGAAGCAGUAUGUGAGUCCUCGGGUUCUCCAGCAGACACUGACCUAUGUGACACAGGGUGUCUCUCAUUCAAUUACAUGGAAACACAUGAAACCACACAUGCAGACCAUAACUCAGGAGGUGGUGUUUCCUCUCAUGUGCUAUAAAGAUGAAGAUGAAAGACUUUGGCAGGAAGAUCCGUAUGAGUAUAUCCGCAUGAAAUUCAAUAUGUUCGACGAUCAUGUGUUCCCAGCCACAGCGGCUCAAACUCUAUUGUGUAAAGCAGCAAGGAAAAGGAAAGAGGUCUUGCCACAAAUGAUGGAGUUUUGUCACCAGAGCCUCAUGGAUCCUAACUCUGACCCCCGCAGGAAGGAUGGGGCACUGCAUGUCAUUGGCGCCUUGGCUCAACCUUUGCUCAAGAAGCGGGUGUACAGGGACCAGAUGGAACUUAUGUUACAAAACUAUGCUUUUCCUCUGUUAAACUCUAAAAUAGGAUAUUUAAGAGCCAGGUCGUGCUGGGUCCUGCACUCGUUCAGCCCUUUAAAGUUUCACAAUGAACUGGUCCUGAGGAACGCUGUGGAGUUGGUCAAGCAGAACCUGGUGGAUGAUAAGGAGAUGCCUGUCAAAGUAGAGGCAGCUAUUGCAUUGCAGGCGCUUGUCAGCAACCAGGAACAAGCUAAGGUCUAUAUCAGACCCUUUAUAAGGCCUGUCAUGCAGGAAUUGCUGCAUGUUAUCAAAGAAACGGAAAAUGAUGACCUCACCAGCGUCAUCCAGAAAAUGAUCUGUGAAUAUAACCAGGAAAUGGCCGUGAUAGCAGUGGACAUGACACAGAACCUGGCAGAGAUCUUUAGCAAAGUUCUCCAGAGCGAAGAAUAUGAGGAAAGUGAAGAUAAGACAGUGAUGGCUCUUGGUAUUCUCAGCACUAUAGACACCAUCCUUACUGUCAUGGAAGACCACAAAGAGAUCACUCAGCAGCUGGAGGGGAUAUGCCUGCAGGUCAUUGGUCUCGUUCUGCAGAAACCCAUCAUAGGUAUGGCAGAGUUUUAUGAGGAGAUCUUGUCACUGGCCUUCGGACUCACGUGUCAGUCAAUCUCACCUCAGAUGUGGCAGCUGUUGGGUGUCCUGUACGACGUUUUCCAGCACGACUGCUUCGACUACUUCACAGAUAUGAUGCCCCUCUUGCACAAUUACGUUACCGUGGACACAGAUAUGCUGCUGUCAAAUCCCAAAUACCUUGAGGUCAUUUACACUAUGUGCAAAAAGGUCUUAACUAGUGAUUCUGGAGAGGACCCAGAAUGCCAUGCUGCCAAACUUCUAGAGGUCAUUAUAUUGCAAUGUCGUGGACGUGGCAUUGAUCAGUGUGUUCCUUUGUUCGUGGAAGCAGUGCUGGAGCGGUUAACACGCGGCGUUAAGUCAAGCGAAUUGCGCACCAUGUGUCUCCAGGUUGUCAUCGCUGCUCUUUACUAUAACCCCACCCUGCUGAUGCACACACUAGAGAACAUCCGCUUCCCCCACAGCCCUGAGCCAAUCACAGCACAGUUCAUCAACCAAUGGAUGAACGACACUGAAUGUUUCUUAGGACUGCACGACCGUAAGAUGUGCAUCAUUGGUCUCAGCGUUCUUAUGGAGCUGCCCAGCCGCCCUGCAGCACUGGAGGAAGUUGCCGGGCAGGUCAUCCCCUCCAUCCUCCUCCUCUUUCUGGGCUUAAAACACAUCUACACCUCCCGAGUCCUUAAGCCAGAGCCGCUCUCCAGAGCUCAAGGCUUGGAGGAAGAUGAAAAUGAGGAGAUUCCCAGUGAUGAGGAUGAGGUUGGAGGAAAAUCAAUGGCCCUGCCGUCCUCCUGUGUUCCCACAGGAAAUGACAAUGAGGAUCAGGAAGAUGAUGGGGAUUACUGGGAUGAUGAAGGUCUUGAGGGAACCCCAUUAGAGGAGUACAGUACACCACUGGACUAUGACAAGGGAGAGGAUGAAUUCCAGUUCUUUACUGCGUCUCUACUCCGUGUCCAGAGUUCGGAUGCAGCCUGGUAUCAGUCGCUCACAACCUCACUGAGUGAAGACCAGAAGAAACAACUGCAGGAAAUCUACAACCUUGCCCAGCAGAGGAGAAGUGCUGGGAUCAAAGGGCUGUGAAUAGAUGAUCCGGUUGAUCUGAGGCAGGAAGAGCUGACACUUAGAGUUUGGAUCUGUAUAGGACUUAACACAAGAACUAGUUCAGAUGUGGAAACGGUCCACCGUGAACUCUAGAUACUAGAGCAUCUCAGAGCCAAUGGUCUGCAACAUCCAGGAUCCACAGCAAGCUCUUCAGAACCAAGACAUCCAAGGAUUACCGAGACAUCUUUGAGACUGGACAGAGAGGGGUUCUCCCUUUGAGGUCAAAGAGGUCACUCUGGGUCACCCAUUUCCCUGUAGGUGUGUGUGUCUGUCUGCGCAUUUGUACAGAUUUUUGUGUGUUUACGCAUGUGUGCUGAAAGUUUUGUGUGUAUGUCUAGGUAAGUAAAUGUUAUUUUGUUAUUCACAGUCUCUCUUCCGUUUGUGAUGAAUGAGUAAGGAACGCAGUGAUGUGAGACACGACGAGCGAUAGACAGACAGACAGACACUCUGCUUUAGCCAGAGAGUGAGACAGACACAGAUAAGAGCUUACAGUGUUGGUCAGAGAAAUGUGAGCAUUGUUCUGACCAAAAAAAUAAAAUUUGCACUGGCCAGAUGCAAGAAAAAGAAUGAUGUUUAUAUUUGUCAUAUGUUUGUAUGUUUUUGUAACAGUCAGUUUUCAGAAUUAACUUAAGUCAUAAAAAAUAUU